AUGUCUCACAAUUUAAAGUGGCUCGAUAAUAUUAAAAUGGAAUUUGAGGCAGUUUGCCACGAAUUAGAUGAGGCUAUAGAUCGUGAUAAAACACGUAGAGAAUUAUCUAAAAAACAAACUGCAUUGGAAUCUCAAAUACAACAGGAGAGCAAAUUAAAUGAGAAUCUAAAGAACCAAUUGGCAGAUUUGACUAGGCGCUCUGAUGAUGUGGACAAAGUGUGUAACUUGAUAAAAACCCGUCUCAAUAUUGCUGACAGUGAUAAAAACAAACUGGAAACUGCAAGGGAACAGUAUCUUCUAGCAAAGGAAUUGACUGGUAUAAGAUUAGACUUUGAAUACUGUGCAAAACAUCCUAAUAAGGCAAAGGGCUAUAUAAAGAAUCAACAAAAGCAUUUGCUAGAAUCAUUUGAUAUGGAUAUCAACAGCGAUGCCCUUUGGGACCUAGUGGCUAAUUUAUUUGUCACCGGGGAUGAGAACUGGCCUCCAAAUAAUAAAUAG